AUGAAGAACCUGGAAGAACUUAACUUGAAAUAUAAUCGAAUCUCCACCAUCGACAACUUUGCCUUUCUGGGAUUGCAGAAGUUAAAGGUUUUAAAUCUAGGUCAUAACCAGUUAUCUGAAAUCAAAUCAUUUAAUUUCUUUGAUCUGCACUGCUUAGAGUACCUCAAUCUGGAGGCAAAUCCAUUGGUGCACAUUGAGGCGUUAUCUUUUGCUCACCUUAGUUCAAUACAGAAUGUGUCUCUGGGAGACUUGAACUUCCCUCCAGAAUCCAAGAUUGAGCUGAAUCUGACAUGUGUAUUUGGCAGCAUACCUCGGGGACUGACAUACCUCUACAUCAGCUCUGGUAGAAGGCCCAUGACUCUUAUUAUUGGCAGCGAUGGUGCCCCAAACCCAGGCUUGGGCCUGCAUACUGGUCUCGCGAUCAUGUUUCACAAUUUGACCAGACUGGAGACUCUGAUGCUCCUUGGCUGCAGGAUCAACUACCUGGAAAAGGACCUGAGCAAAGACUUACAGUCAUUGAGAGAAAUACGUUUGGUUAUUAACAAUGAGCUUACAAUUAUGGAAGAAUUCCCUGAGCCCCUGAAAAGCCUAAAGUAUCUGCUUAUACAAGAUCUACUUUUACAAUGCAGUUGCAACAAUGCUUGGUUUGAUAACUGGGUGAAACGGAAUCGACAAGUUCAGGUCAUGUUUUGGGAUUCUACAUUGGGAAUGAAGGAAAUAAAUUGCAUAGGUGAGCAUGGCACUCAGAACUUCCUCAAAUACACCCAAAUCCAUUGUUCAAUGGACGUAGGAUUCAUUUUGUUUGCUUCUAACACCCUGGGUCUCCUGCUCUUCAUGCUGGUGGUGCUGCUACAUCACCUGGCUGGCCAGUAUCUGCUGGCUCUAUUUUACAUCACUCGUGGCUGGUUGGAAGAGGCCGUGUUUCGGAACAACAAGAGACGCUACAGGUACGACGCUUUUGUCUCUUACAGUGGGAAAGAUGAGCGCUGGGUGGUGGAGGAGCUUCUGCCCAACAUGGAACAACGAGGUCCCCCUUUCCUGCGCCUGUGUCUGCACAGUAGAGACUUCCAGCUUGGUAAGGACAUUGUGGACAACAUCACAGAUUCUCUCUACAGCAGCCGCCGGACUGUGUGCUUGGUCAGCCGCGACUACCUCCGCAGCAACUGGUGCUCUUUGGAGAUGAAGCUAGCCACUGACCGGCUGCGGGUGGAGCAAAGGGACAUCCUCAUCCUGGUCUUCUUGGAAGACAUCUCUCCUCACCAGCUGUCCGCCCACCACAGGCUGGCCAGACUGGUGAAGACCAGGACCUACCUGGACUGGCCAAAAGAGCCAGAACAAUACCAAGACUUUUGGGACCGACUUUGGGCUACGCUGGCGCCAAAACAUGGCCAGUGACUUGAAUACAUUUAAAAACUAAAGUCCAAGUUUUCUGAAUAGAUU